CGUAUUUUUCGGAAGCGGACGAAAGUUGAUACGCACAAGACGUCAUCUGUAUGAUGACGUCAGCCUUCCUAACAUCGGUGCGAGACCUCCUCUAGUUGCUUGGUGACCUUUGACAUCCAAGAUGGCGGUUAGAUGACCCUUGACAGUUCUGCUGUGGCCUGACAGUUGUCCCAGUCAUCAUGUGUGACCAGGAGGCCCAGGAGAAUGAGCUGCUGGCCCUGUCCAGUAUCUAUGAUGACUCUGUCUUCAUGGCAGCAGAAGAUGGGACAGGGGGACAGUUCUGCUCCAUCAUUGAUCUCCCUGAGAACUUUCAAGUCAAAGCACCGGCGCCCCCUGGAGAGUCAGUGAACAAGGCAACUGUCAUUCCAGUCAAGUAUCUCCCUCCCAUCAUCCUUCACUUCCAGUAUCCAGCUGAUUACCCAUCAUGCAGUGCACCACAGUUCACCCUGUCCUGCAAGUGGCUUACCUUACAGCAGCUAACUUUGCUCUGUAAACAUCUGGAUGAACUGUGGACUGAGAACUCUGGGAUGGAGAUCUUGUUCACCUGGGCACAAUACCUACAAGAGGAGGCACUGAGUACCCUGGGGAUAUCUGAUGUCCUGGAUGUCACCUGGAUAGAGGAGAAAGUGAAGCUGAAGAACAAUAGAAGACAAAGGAUUGAUGAGCAAAAGAAUGUUGGCACGGAAAGUACAAAAGAGAGUGGGAUCCUGGGAGCAAGUGGACAAGAUGUCGACAAGGAAAAGCAGGAAAAAGAUGGAGGUGAAGAAAUCGUAAAGAAGCACGGCCAUGGUGGAAGAGACCAUUUUGGAAAGGGGGCAAGGGGUAGGGGUGGACAUCAGUCAGAACAGUCAGCUCAAGAAUGGAAAGGCUACCGCAGGUAUGACAGAGAUGGAGGUGAAAGAACUGACAAGUAUGGCAAUCGUAAGGGCAAUAGCACAAGACAAUGGAGGGAUGGAGAAAGGAGAGGGAAGAAUGUACAACAGGAAGGCAACUGGAGUAAGGCACAGAGGCAAGAAAGGGGUGGCUACAAGAACUCUGGGGAAAGAAAACAGCAAGAAGAAGAGACAGUAAGUUUUUUGAGGACUAGAGAAAAUCAACAACUAAUGGACAACAAACUUGGCAAUGAGGGUGAUAGUAAUGUACCAGACUCACCAGGAACUUUGGAAGAGACAUCUGAAGAAGAGAAGGAAAGAGAGACAACUAAAGAGGUUGGAGACCCAAGAGCGAUCCAAGACCUUGCGUCCCCGUCCCUUCUGGUGCCAGUGAUUGUUGAGUAUGACCAGGAGAGGAGACAGCACAUGUUCAACACCACCAUGUACAACUGUAACGUGUGCUUUGGGGAGAAGCUUGGUGCAGACUGCAUUGGUUUUAAGGGCUGUGACCAUGUGUACUGUAAAGAGUGCAUGAAAGGCUAUUUCCAGGUGCAGAUAUCAGAGGGGAAUGUGCAAUGUCUGCAGUGUCCAGAACCUAAGUGUGAAUCACAGGCACUCCCUUCACAGGUACAGGAGCUUGUUGGAGGAGAGUUGUUUGCUCGUUACGACCGUCUCCUGCUGCAGUCCAGUCUGGAGGGGAUGGCUGACGUGGUGUACUGCCCGCGUAAGUCGUGCCAGUGCCCCGUGAUGCUGGAACCUGACAGUAAGAUGGGAGGAUGUACGGCCUGUCAGUACACCUUCUGUACACUCUGCAAGUUAGCAUACCACGGUGUGUCUCCAUGCAGAGUCAAACCAGACGACCUACGGAAGCUUCGUGAGGAGUACCUGGCUGCCAGCGAUGCAGGGAAGCAGUUUCUGGAGAAGCGUUACGGGAGGAAGGCCAUCAAGCAGGCCCUGGAGGAGACCUUCAGUGAGGAGUGGCUGAAGAAGUACACCAAGGAGUGCCCUCAGUGUGGGACACACAUACAGAAACUUGAUGGCUGUAACAAGAUGACCUGCAUCAAGUGCCGUGCGUACUUCUGCUGGCUGUGUGGCAUGAUCCUGCACCACAGCAACCCUUACGGACACUUCAACAGGCCGGGGUCCAAGUGCUUCAACCUGCUGUUCCAGGGGAUGGAGGGGGAGGCAGGGGAGGAGGGGGAGUUUGAGGAGGAGGGGGAGGACUGGGAUUGGAUCGUGUUUGCAUGAUGGACAGAUGAUUACUGUACAUCAUUUUAUAUUCGCGGUAGCAAAAUUUCGCAGGCUGAGAAAAAUGUUCGCAGAACUAUUCGCGGUGGCCACAGAUGCAGAAUAAGCAAAAUUGGCGAAUUAUGUGCAGAAGUGACUACGAAAACUGUGAAUAUAAAAUUACUGCGAAUAUAGUUAUUUACAGUAUUUGCAGGACUGUUGUGAUUGACGAAUGUGAUUUCUGAUUCACAGAAAAGCUUACAAUAGGAAUGAGCUUUACAAGGUUGCAGAAAGUUAUUGAGAGGAAAUAGCAAUCUUUGAAAUCAAUUUUUGUAGUAUUGGGAAAUAAAUGUAGCUUUACUUCACAUAUAAUUUUUCUCGAGGAUAAUAUGUUUGACAGAAUGUGAUACUUACAAUGAAAAGGUUUUGUAAAACCAUAAUAAUCUGUAGUACAGAGCAUAUACAUGUGAUACUUUAUAAUGUGUACCUAUUAUACUAUAAUUGCAAUUUUUUCUUGUUGACCUUUUGGAAUAUUUACAGAUAGAAUAAGCUAAUGUUAAACAUGUCAUGUCUACACAUUUGUUAACGUGAAUAUUUUAAACAGAAUCUGAAGAAAAU